AUGUCUGACGGAUCUCUGGAGAAAAUGGAAAAGGACUUCAGUCCUCAGGUUGACGCCUUGCUGCCUGAAACUGAAGGAUUAACUAAGCAAGGCAAACUGAAUGAAGCACUUGAAAAAUUGUUAUCUUUGGAAAAGCAAGCCAGAAAUGCUGCUGAUCAGGCGUCGACUGGUCGUAUCCUUGUUCAAGUUGUUAAAUUAUGCCAAGAAGCCAAUGAAUGGAAACUCAUGAAUGAGCAAAUUGUUUUACUAUCAAAAAAGCACGGUCAACUGAAAGCUGCUACAUCUAAAAUGAUUCAAGAAGCAAUGAGUUAUCUUGAUUCAACUCCUGAUAUGGAUACUAAACUCGAACUAAUUGAUACACUUCGUACAGUGACUGAUGGUAAAAUUUAUGUUGAAGUCGAACGUGCCCGUAUUACUCGUCUUCUCUCCAAAAUUCGUGAGGAUGAGGGCAAAAUCACAGAAGCUGCUGAUAUUUUGCAAGAACUCCAAGUUGAAACAUUUGGCUCCAUGGAUAAAAGAGAAAAGGAUCUCAAACUUAGAUACUAUGAGUUAAUGAUACAACAUGCUUUACAUGAAGAUCAAUAUUUAAAUGUUCACAAAUUCUACAAACAGAUCUACGACUCAGAAUCAAUUCAACAAGAUGAAGCUAAAUGGAAAGCCGCACUUCAAAAUGCAGUUUUGUUCAUUGUGUUGGCACCUUAUGACAACGAGCAAUCGGAUUUAUUACACAGACUUUAUGAAGACCCCAAAUUAGCUUAUAUCCCUGAGUAUCAGCAAAUUGUCAAAUGCUUUGUAACUGUCGAGCUCAUGCGUUGGACUGAGAUAGAACAAACCUACGGCCCUCUUCUUACACAACAGCAUAUGGCUUUUGAUAAAUCCACCCAAGAUGGACAAAAGCGAUGGAAGGAGCUUCAUCAUCGUGUAGUUGAGCACAACAUCCGCGUAAUUGCCAAAUAUUACACUCGCGUCAGCACAAAACGAUUAACGCAGUUGUUGGAUUUGAGCGAGAAGGAUACAGAAGAGCUUUUGUCCAAGUUGGUGGUUUCAAAGACAAUUUAUGCUCGUAUCGAUCGUACAGCUGGAAUCAUCAAUUUCCAAACAAAGAAGGAUGCAAAUGAAAUAUUGAAUAAUUGGUCGAAUGACAUCAACACAUUAUUGAAUUUGAUCGAAAAGACUUGCCAUUUGAUCUCAAAGGAGGAAAUGGUUCAUAGCAUAGCCAAAGUCAAAUAA